GGGGAGCGCGCUGCGGGACGCCUUCCGCCGCCGGGAGCCCUACAACUACCUGCAGAGGGCCUACUAUCAGCUGAAGAAGUUGGACCUGGCAGCUGCCGCAGCACACACCUUCUUUGUAGCAAACCCAACACACUUGCAGAUGCGGGAGGACAUGGCUAAGUACAGACGCAUGUCUCGGGUGCGGCCCCAGAGCUUCCGGGACCUGGAGACACCGCCACACUGGGCAGCCUAUGACGAUGGCCUGGAGCUACUGGGGCGCCAGGAGGCAGGACUGGCACUGCCCAGGCUAGAGGAGGCCCUGCGGGAGAGCCUGGCCCAGAUGGAGAGCUGCCGGGCUGGCUGUGAGGGGCCCGAGGAGCAGCAGAGGGAGGAAGAGGAGGAGGAAGGGGCCGGGAGCCAGGGGGGCCUCUAUGAGACCAUUGCAGGGCACUGGAUUCGGGUCCUGCAGUGCCGGCAGCGCUGUGUAGGGGACACGGCCACGCGUCCUGGACGCAGCUUCCCUGUCCCUGACUUCCUUCCCAGCCAGCUGAGGCGGCUUCACGAGGCCCAUGCUCAGGUGGGGAAUCUGUCCCAGGCUAUGGAAAAUGUCCUGAGUGUUCUGCUCUUCUACCCGGAGGAUGAGCCUGCCAAGAAGGCUCUGAACGAGUACCAGGCCCAGCUGGGAGAGCCGAGACCUGGCCUCAGGCCAAGAGAGGACAUCCAGCACUUCAUCCUUCGAUCCUUGGGGGAGAAGAGACAGCUCUACUAUGCCAUGGAGCACCUGGGGGCCAGCUUCAAGGAUCCUGAUCCCUGGACCCCAGCAGCUGUCAUCCCCGAGGCACUGAGAGAAAAGCUCAGAGAGGAUCAAGAGAAGAGGCCUUGGGACCAUGAGCCGUCACAGCCAAAGCCCUUGACUCACUGGAAGGAUGUGCUUCUCCUGGAGGGAGUAACCCUGACCCAGGAUGCAAGACAGCUGAAUGGGUCCGAGCGGGUGGUGUUGGACGGGCUGCUCACCCCGGCCGAGUGUGGGGUGCUGCUACAGCUGGCCAAGGACGCUGCCGAGGCCGGAGCCAGGUCUGGCUAUCGUGGCCGCCGCUCCCCUCACACCCCCCAUGAGCGCUUCGAGGGGCUCACAGUGCUCAAGGCUGCACAGCUGGCUCAGGCUGGGGCCGUGGGCAGUCAGGGGGCUAAGCUGCUUCUGGAGGUGAGUGAGCGCGUGAGGACCUUGACACAGGCCUACUUCUCCCCGGAGCGGCCCCUGCAUCUUUCCUUCACCCACCUGGUGUGCCGGAGUGCCAUAGAAGGAGAGCAAGACCAGCGCAUGGACCUGAGUCACCCGGUGCAUGCAGACAAUUGUGUCCUGGACCCCGACACCGGGGAGUGCUGGCGGGAGCCCCCAGCCUACACCUAUCGAGACUACAGUGGGCUUCUCUACCUCAACGAAGACUUCCGCGGUGGGGACCUGUUCUUCACAGAGCCCAAUGCGCUCACGGUCACAGCUCAGGUUCGUCCUCGCUGUGGACGCCUCGUGGCCUUCAGCUCCGGUGGGGAGAACCCCCACGGUGUGUGGGCCGUGACGCGGGGACGGCGCUGCGCCCUGGCACUGUGGCACACGUGGGCGCCUGAGCACAGGGAGCAGGAGUGGACAGAAGCCAAAGAGCUGCUGAAGGAGCCGGAGGAGGAGGAGGAGGAGGAUGAGGAGGAAGAAAUGCCCAGCAAAGACCCUUCCCCGGAACCCCCCAGCCGCAGGCUUCCGCGGGUCCAGGACAAGGCUGGGAAACCGCCUCGGCUCCGAGAGGAACUGUGAGGGACUGAGCCAGCUCCUUGGGGAUGUGGCCACUUGACUUGUGAAGGGCCGCCUUGAUGCCAGGACCCACAAGAAGCCCCCAUGUGCUGGGAGCAGAACAGUGAGCUGUCUGUCCCUGCACCCCUACUACCUUGGGGACCACAAGGGCUGUCCAGCCCUGGACUCAGAGGACACUGCACAGACUAGCCUAGAGCUCACCAGGCCUGGCUGAUGGACCUCCAGCCCGAGGACAGACCGAGGACACGAUGCCUCCCUGGAAAGAAAUGGCAGGGGAGAGGGCCUGACUGCUUCACGUGUGGAGGAUGAGAGGGAGGCUAACCCCAGUGCCCUGUCCCAGCCUGUAAUAAAGAACUGAAGAUCCCUCAGUCAAGGGCCCAGACAAGGGUA